AUGGAAACCCGCGACGACAACAACAAGCGGCCCACUCCAAAGAUCGUCGCCAACAAUGGCGGCGUAGACGGAGACGACCUCCACGCGCGCCUCUUCGACCUCCUCACCGCCGCCGACGAGGAGAAGCGCUUUGCGUCGCAACCCCCCGUCCUCGGCUCGCCCUUCCGCACCCCCGUGCUAGCACUCCGCGGGCUUAGCCGCCCGCAAUCAAUCUACCCCUCCGACAGCAUAUCCAUGAUCCGAUCCCGCUCGCGCACGGGUGGCACCGACGUCGACCCGGGCGAGGGCGAGGUCGGCGCCGCCGCCGCCGCGUACGCCGCCUACGAGGAGACGACGGCGCGCGACUCGGAGGGCGUGACUGUCGGCCCUGACAUCGAGCUGGCCGCGACGUCGCAGCCCUCAGUGUCGGGCUGGGCGCCGGCCCGCGCCAUUGUCCCCCAAAACAUGCAGCGCCACCGCGAGCGCCUGGACCGGCUCAACGACGAGACGGUGCACAACAUCAUCGGCGAGCUGCGGCGCGAGACAGAGAGCGCGGAGCUCGCCGACGCCGGGGCGCGGCUGGAGCGCAGCGAGAGCAAGCUGCGGGACGCAAAGUUGCGUCUUGUGCGCGAGCAGCUGCUGCGCACGACAGCAGAGCAGGCGACAGCGAGCCACGCGGACGAGGCGCGCAACGUCAAGGCCGAGCUGGCGACCGCCGUGCGCGCGCUGCGCAAGGCGCGGGACGAGGGCAAGCGGAACGACGACGAGCGCCGGCGCGCCACCCGCGCUUUUGAGGAGGCGCGCGACAGGCUGGUCAAGUACCAUGAGGAGCUCAAGGUCCGCGACGCGCGCGCCGCCGGCAAGGAGGAGGGGCGGACAGAGGCGUGGAAGGAGGCCGAGCGGUGGCUCGGGGGCAGUAGUAGUGCCCCGCCGGCGCCGCAGGCGCCACCUGCGCUCGUGUGGGCUGUUGAGCCGGGACAAAAGUCGGCGCCAGUGUACGGCCUGGUGCAGCAGGUUCCGAUGGCCCCCGCGGGCUCGUUUCAGCAGGUGCCGCUGGCUCAGCCGGCGUUCCAACCAGUGCCACAGCAGCCAGCGUUCCAGGGGCCACAGCCAACCCAGCCAUCCGUGGCACAAGAGUUCCAGGCCCAAAUCCAGCACACACCCUCCGCCCAGCAGUGGCUGCCGAGCCAGAUCAACCAGCAGUCGUUCCAGCCCAGCGUGCCCCUCACGUACGCCCAGCCGCAGCCUUACCCCGCGCCGAACCAGCAGUACAUGCCCCCGACGGCAGCGUACACGCCCGUCCCUCGGCCCAUCCAGACGGCCCGCAACACCCCGCUGCCACACUACCCGCCCACUCGGCCCAGCUCUGAGCGCUUCCCUCCCCCGCCCGGCCUCCCACCAGGCGUCUCACUGCCCCCCGACGUUCCUCCACCGGCCAUACGUCUCUCCACACCACCCGACACGCUGCCUCCCAUCAUCGCGCCGAUCCCCGAGCUGCCAGUCGGCGCGGCCCAGGCGUACCUCGACGAUCUGGAGCACAACCGGCGCCGGAAUGAACUCCUCGCCCCGCCGCGCACACGCACGCCGCACCGCCGCUCUGUGUCCGCCAGCGCAGCACAGUUUACCGAAACGUGGCCCACUGAGCCUCGCCCGCCGACUCAUACCCGCAGCUCGAGUCAGCCGGAGAACAGCCGGCCCACGACGCGUCUCGCUGAUCCCGACCUCCACCCUCAUCUCCACCGCGAGACGUCAUCCAACCUGGACUCGCGGUACCCGCUGUUCGUGCCCAGUGCCCCGGGGUCGACACACUCACGGACGCGGGGAAGCUCGGACCCUCCGCCGCAGCGGAACAGCCAGCUCAACCCCGCGUUCUACCCUCUCCCGCCGUCCAGCGUUGGAAGUGGCGUAUCCCGGGCCAAGUCGGCGCGGUCCGCCACGAGGUCACGUAUGGCCGGAGCGAUUCGCGACAACACCGAGCUAGACCAGCUACACAAGAUUGAAGAAACCGAUGAGCCUGCGUUCGACCCUCGACAACCGCUUCCUGGAGCGUACCCCGCGUCAUCGAGGCAUGGUGGUGGACGGCCGAGGUCGCGGGUACGGCCUCACCCUAGCAUGCCCUCGCCACUACGCUCCGAGGUCGGGGUCGGGUCUCGUCCCCGCCUCUCCACUGUCCAUGAGGACGAGUAUGUGCAGCGCCAGACGCAGCGGGCGCAGCAACAACAACAACACACCGACACCGAGUCGUCGCCCAGGCUAGCGAGCGAGGCCCCAACGAUUCUGGUGCAGCCACCGGUGGGUGAUUCGAGAAAACCGUCCUUCUGGACGAGGCUCCUUGCUCUGUGA